AUGAGAACUCUGGAUGUAUCGAUGAGACCAGCUGUUGAACCACUUAUCCCACCGGAAUUGGCUGGAUUUGUUUGUGGAGGUAUCUCAGGAACAGUUUCUCGAACAGUCACUGCGCCUAUGGAUCGUCUAAAAGUCUUGAGGCAGACUGAAGUCGCAGAAGUGGUGGGUAAAAAUAUGAUUCAAGGUUUCCAUGCAAUGGUUAAAGAAGGUGGUAUAUUGGCUUUGUGGCGUGGCAAUGGCGUAAAUAUUUUAAAAAAUUGCCCUGAAAGUGCCAUUCGCUUUGGUCUACAUGGAUGGCUUAAGUCUGUAAUUUUCCCAAAUGUGAAAGGACCAUUACCUCCAGAGGAUCGUUUGUUGGUGGCUAGUUUGGCUGGCGCUUCAUCGCUAACAAUAACUUAUCCAAUUGAGAUUUUAAAAACUCGAAUGGCUUUGCGUAGGUCGCAUGAAUCAAAUUCUAUGUUUGUUACAAUUCGAAAAUUAUAUCAUGAAGGUGGUUUACGUGGGUUUUAUCGAGGCUACAAAGUCAGUAUGAUGAGCUAUGUACCGUAUUCUGGAAUGGAGUUGUGUCUUUAUGAAAUGCUUAAGAGACGUUACCUGGAGUAUCAUUAUUCCCUUCAACAAAAUUCAGAUCAUACAGUCAAAGUUCACAUGCCGGCUACAAUAACUGUUCCAUUGAUUUUGACAUCAUCCUGUAUUCCUAUGCUGAUCACCUAUCCAGCCAACCUACUUAGAACUCGUUUUCAGGCAUCACCAUCUCCAUGCGGUGCUCCUAUUGUACAAUCACUUCGAUGUAUCGUAAGGAAGAAUGGAUUUAAAGGAUUAUAUCGUGGAAUGAGUGCUAGUUUGUCAAAAACCUUGCCAUCUGUUUGCGUUACAUAUCUUGUUUUUGAAUUUACCUCCGAAUUACUAGGUGUUCCUGGUCUUGGUUGCAAAUGA